UUUUCACAGCUAACACGAGUCGGUAGUUAUGUAAAAAAUUCCAUGUCAUGAACGUUAUCUCACGUUGUUCGCUCAAUUUUUAUAACCGAAUUUCUGAAUUAUGCGUAACAAGAAACGAUCCGAUCAGGAUGGCAAUUUUUCUCAUAAAGACUCAAUCAGAGACCGAAUGGAGAGGGUAUGCUCAAUUAAGAAUGACUCUAUUCAUCUCAAGAGACGGGUGGGACUCUACAGUGGGGUGGCUUUAAUAGUUGGCACCAUGAUAGGCUCGGGAAUAUUCGUUUCACCUUCUGGUUUACUGGUCAGAACUGGCUCAAUUGGGUUGAGUUUGAUAGUAUGGACAGCUUGCGGAUUUAUAUCAUUGUUGGGAGCUCUAGCUUAUGCGGAACUAGGAACAAUGAAUCCUUCUUCUGGCGCUGAGUAUGUUUAUUUUAUGGACGCGUUUGGAUCUUUCGCAGCGUAUAUGUUUUCGUGGACUUCGGCGUUGAUUCUGAAACCAUCACAAAUAGCAAUAAUAUGUUUAAGUUUUGCCGAAUAUGUCGUCGAGUACUUCACUACAGGCUGCGAAAUAUCGGAUUUCUCGGUGAAAGUGAUCUCAGUAAUUACGAUACUUACCCUGCUGUAUAUCAAUUGUUAUAGCGUACAACUGGCCACAUCAGUUCAAAAUAUAUUCACAGCUGGGAAACUAAUAGCCAUUGGACUUAUAAUAUGCGGGGGAACGUUUGAAUUGUUAUCAGGAAGCACUAAAAAUUUAACCGGGAUUUUUCGAAACAGUACGACUUCGUAUGGAGAUAUAGCGACGGCUUUUUAUUCGGGAUUGUGGGCUUACGAUGGCUGGAAUAAUUUGAAUUACGCCACCGAGGAAAUUAAGAAUCCAUCAGUCAAUAUUCCACGAGCUAUAUUCAUAAGUAUUCCGUUAGUUACCUUAUGCUACGUAUUGAUAAAUAUUUCAUACCUGACUGUGAUGUCACCUCAAGAAAUGAUAUCAUCGGAGGCAGUUGCUGUGACUUUUGGGAAACGUGUGUUGGGUAUGAUGGCAUGGCUGAUGUCAUUUACAGUAGUAAUAUCAACAUUUGGUUCAGCUAAUGGAACUGUUUUUGCAGCCGGAAGGUUACUUUUUGCGGCAGGACGAGAAGGACAUAUGUUGGAAGUUUUAUCUCACGUGCAUAUAAGAAGCUUGACCCCAACACCUGGCUUGAUUUUUACUGCGAUUAUUGCGAUAAUAAUGGUGCUGUCUGGGACAAUACAUUCGUUGAUAGACUUUUUCAGUUUUACUGCGUGGAUUUUUUAUGGCGGUGCGAUGAUAGCUUUACUGGUAAUGAGGUACACGAAACCUGAUAUUCGACGUCCGUAUAAAGUUCCGAUCAUAAUUCCAAUAUUGGUUCUCGUUGUGUCGCUUUACCUUACAAUUGCUCCAAUUAUCGAUAAACCUCAAAUCGAAUAUCUUUAUACAAUAUUUUUCUUGAUCAUAGGAGUUAUAUUUUAUGUGCCAUUUGUUAAACAUCAAUAUACUCCUGCAUUUAUUAAACCGUUAUCAAUGUAUUUACAAAUUUUACUUCAAGUUACUCCCACGGAUAUACCCAUUCAUGAAAUUGAAAUACCAAUAUGAGAAUGAGAGUUACCAUUGAAGAUUACCAUUAUUUUAUAAGUUUUUUAAAGUUAAUUUUUCAGUGUUUUUGUUUUUUGAUUCUGUGAACCUUUCAAUUGACAUAGUUAUAGAAUUAAAUAAGCUGUAAUAAGAUUAUUAAUUUUAUCGUAAAAAUACUGUUUUCAUAUCACUGUUAAUGUAAUUCAUUAUGCGGAUAAGUUUUCUAAAAUGUUACCUAGAUUUAAAAAAAAAAUGGUGCCACUAAUGGAUAUAAUUUCGUCUUCCUGUGUAAAAUAUAUCAGAAAAACUAAAAAUAUGUAAUUUAAGAAGCAACUUUCGCUAUGCAUUUUAAUUAGAAGUGAAACACCAAAUUGAAUAAAAAUAGGUAAUAUUUAAAUUAAAUACAUUUUGAGUAAAUAG